AUGCAACAACAAGGUGAAUCGUCGGUUUUGAGUUUGAGGCCCGGUGGUGGCGGCCGCGGCGGCGGAAGCAGGUUUUUCGUGCCGCGUUUUGUUUCUUCUUCCUCUUCUGAUCUCACCAAUGGCGGUGGCGAGGAAACUACUUCUUCCGUCAAGAGAGGAGACGGUGGUGAACGUUUGAAGUUUACCAGAGAACAGUUGCUUCAGCUCAAAGAGUCACUCAAAGUCUCUGAUGACAUUCUGAGACGCAGUAAGGAAAUUGCGGUCGAGCUUUUCGGCGAAGAGCAGAGCUGGAUUGGCCGUGGAGCUGAGAGUAAACUAACAAAUCAACAACCUCAGCAUCGUUACUCCGAGCCUGAUAACCGUGACUGGCAUACUCGCGCCCAGGUUGCAAACCCUGGUAAAGAUUGGUCAAGAGACGAAGGCUCACAAAACACAUCACAUGCCAGGUCUAACCAAAUGUCUGGUCCUCCUCCUGUGCUGGUGAAAGCUGAGUCCGCAUGGUCAGCUAAAAGAGGACCUCUUUCAGAUAAAGACAGAGUCCUCAAGAGCGUUAAAGGUAUUCUGAACAAGCUUACUCCUGAGAAGUACGAGCUACUCAAAGGUCAAUUGAUCGAUGCUGGAAUCACUUCUGCCGAUAUCCUAAAGGGAGUGAUUCAGCUUAUCUUUGAUAAUGCUGUACUUCAGCCAACAUUCUGUGAGAUGUAUGCUCUUCUGUGCUGUGAUAUCAACGGCAAGCUCCCUUCGUUUCCUCCCGAAGAAGAGGGUGGGAAAGAAAUCACUUUCAAACGAGUUCUUUUGAACAACUGCCAAGAGGCGUUUGAAGGUGCUGGCAAAUUGAAGGAAGAGAUCAAACAGAUGACCCAUCCUGAUCAAGAAAUGGAAAGAAGGGACAAGGAGAAACUUGUGAAGCUCCGUACGUUAGGAAACAUCCGUCUGAUUGGAGAGCUUCUCAAGCAAAAGAUGGUGACAGAGAAGAUAGUCCACUAUAUGGUCCAGGAGCUGUUAGGAGUUGACAAUAAAGCUUGUCCAGCAGAAGGAGAUGUUGAGGCUCUCUGCCAGUUUUUCAAAAUCAUUGGGAAGCAACUCGACGAGAACCAAAGAUCUCGAGGUAUAAACGACAGGUACUUCCAACGGUUGAAGGAAGUAUCAAUGCACCCUCAGAUAGAGCUGCGUCUCAGAUUCAUGGUCCAGAAUGUUAUUGACAUGAGAGCUAACAACUGGGUGCCUAGGCGAGAGGAGGUGAAAGCCAAAACAAUCACUGAGAUUCAUUCAGAGGCAGAGAGGAACCUUGGGUUACGCCCCGGUGCAAUGGCGAAUAUGAGGAACAACAAUAACAGCCGCGGUGCGGUUUCUGCUGCAGCAGACGGAAACAUCCUUGGACGUCCUGGUACUGGAGGAAUGAUGCCUGGCAUGCCGGGAACUAGGAAGAUGGUUAUUGAUGAUGACGGCUGGGAAAUGGCACGAACCAGGUCCAUGCCAAGAGGCAAUAGACAACAAGCAGUGCAGCAGCAGCCGCGUGCUCAGCCUCCUCCCGCUAUCAACAAGUCAUUCUCAGUCAACUCAAGGCUUCUUCCUCAGGGAAGUGGAGGCCUCCUCAACGGUGGUGGUAGGCCAAGCGCGCUUUUGCAAGGUAGCAACGGUUCAAGCUCAGCUCCUCAAGCCUCCCCUAAACCCGUUCCAGCUGUAGAGAAGCCGCAGGCACAGCCUCAGGCUCAGGCUCAGGUGGCUCCAGUAGCUAAUAGCAUGAACGCAGAAGAGCUUGAAAGGAAAACCAAGUCGCUGAUUGAGGAAUAUUUCAGUGUUCGUUUACUGAGUGAGGCAUUGCAAUGCGUGGAGGAGCUGAAAUGUCCAGCUUACCACCCGGAGCUCGUCAGAGAAGCAGUGUCACUCGGUCUUGAGAAAAACCCUCCGUUCGUUAAACCGGUUUUCGAGCUCUUGGAACAUCUGAUCUCAAAGAAUGCUCUGACUCAGAAAGACGUCGGUUCGGGUUGUUUGCUGUACGGUGCUAUGUUGGAUGACAUUGGAAUCGAUCUGCCGAAAGCACCAAGCAGCUUUGGAGAGAUUCUUGGGAAGCUUGUCUCAGCUGAAAUCUUGGACUUUGAGCUUGUGAAAGAAGUUCUCAAGAAGAUGGAAGAUGAGUAUUUGAGGAAAACUGUGCUUGAUGCAGUGAUGAAGAGCGUUACCGAGAGUUCGUCGGGACAGUCUCUGUUGGAUUCUCAGGCGGCGGAAGUGGAGGCUUGCCGUAGUUUGCUCUGA